UGUUUCGUGUUACAAAAGCCAUAACCAAUUAAGGCGGUGAUAACUGCCAACUGGUUUCUUCUUCGAUCUUUUCCACUUAAUUUCUUUCCAACCCAUGCUCAUAUCUAUAUAUAUAUAUAUAUAUAUAGACAAAGACAAGAAUAUUUGGAAAGCUAAGCUUCUUUCAUCAAUCUGCUAUUAACAUAUAUAUGUGUUCAAGAUGAGAAAGAUGCUGUGCUGCAACUUCAAGAGAUCAUCUUCUACUACACCUUCUGUUAUUAGUCGUGAAGAAAAUGUGAAAAGCUUGGUCAACAAUUUAAACAUCAAUGACGAGUAUAAGAAAGCCUUUAGGACAAAGUCUUACAUAGAAAUGUUGAACAAAGUUGAAGGACAGCUUGGAAGAAGAAGUCUUAAUAAGUUGCUCUCAUCGUCUUCCUUAGUCCAUCUCUCCGACACAUUGCUCGAACCGCCUCAAGAAACCCUAGUUGACAUCGUUGCAGGCUCUAACCUCCAUCAUCUCCUCAUUGACUACUUUGAAUCCAGCUUAGAAGCAUGCCAUAUUUGCGAACUACUCCUUCGAAGCGUCCACCAAACCCGCUCUAAUUACCAAAUAAUCAGAAGGGUAAUCAAGCUAACAAAAAGGCUGUAUGAUCGUCGUCGUGAAAAUCCCAAGAACGAUCAGUAUUGUGACGCCAUUUUCGGAGAGCUCUCUUCCUUUGCAUCGCUCAAAAACCCCUUAUCGGUUAUCAGCAUCAAGAAAUUCCGCGACGUACACGACAGGAAUGAUUUCUUGCUUCAAAGGUUGACAUCAAAGCGUAGAAGGGUUCGAAGAAGAGCGAAGAUGACUAGAGGUUUGAAGAAGAUGAUCGUGGGGUUUGGUCUCGUGGUUUCUUACAGCGUUAUUGCGAUUUUGUUGUUAGCGCUUACUGCUGGCCACGGCAUGGUUGGAUUGAUAGCGGCGCCAGCAGUGAUCGGUUAUUCAUUAUGCUCGCUUAAAAAGAAGAGCAAAAUGGCGGGUGAAAUCGGACACUACUUCAAAACAAGCUUCCAAGAGAGACUGGGUGAACAGCUUGAAGUUGCAAAGAAAGGAGUGUACAUAUUGAUGAAUGAUUUCGACACCAUGAGUCAGCUUGUGAGAAGGUUAGAGAACGAGAUGGAACACAGUAAAGAAAUUGCUCAUAUGUGUGUGAGGAAUGGAAAGAGUGAAGUGCUGAAAGAGGUUGUGAGAGAACUUGAGAUCCAUGAAGCUUCUUUUGUGGAGCAGUUGGAAGAACUUGAAGAGCAUUUAUACUUGUGCUUCCUCACUAUAAACAGAUCAAGAACACUAGUUAUACAAGAAAUAUUGAUGCUCCAACCAGAAAAUACAUCAUGCAUGGGGCAAAGCUAGCUGGAGAUCAUGUACACUGACAAUUAUUUUUUAACCUAAGCGUAGUUGAGAUUGAAGUUUUAUAAAAAAUUUCAUGUUUUUUUAACAAGGUUAUGUACAACUCAAAAAUUAAUCCAAAUUUGCUUUAUUUUUACAA